ACAUUGUCCGGUGCAUUUGACGGCGAACAGUCGACGCGCGAGCAUCCCGGUCCCGUGCAGUUCGGGUCGUUGACGUACGGAGGAGAGGCGAAAGAGAGAAAGAGAAAGAGAGAGAAGGGAGGCGAGUCAGGCGAGUCGCAGACGAAGACAAGAACGGAAAACGGGCAAGGCGCCAGCGUAUUUUCCACUUCCUCGUGCGGCAGCGAGAAGCAGCGUAUAAAUUCCUAUUUCUCUCUCUCGCGCGUGCAAACGUCGCGGAAUCAGUGAAUUCACGAAUCUCGUCGGUACAUAUUAGUGAGAGUGUCGAAAAUGGUGUCCGGCGGGAUGACUUGCGUCAAGUACCUGCUGUUCCUCUUCAACCUGAUAUUCGCGAUCACCGGCAUCGUAUUUAUUUCGGUGGGCGGAGUGAUUAUGGUUGUUUACAGCGGGUACAGCAACUUUGUGGAUACUUGGUUCUUUGCAGCCCCGCUCUUAAUGAUAAUAGUCGGUAUCGUAGUCUUCCUUGUAUCAUUCUUUGGAUGCUGCGGAGCUGUAAAGGAGAAUCAUUGCAUGAUAAUAACGUUCUCGGUCCUGCUGCUGAUGAUAUUUGCUCUGGAAUUGGGCGCCGGAAUCACAGGUUACAUGAUGAGAGGAGAAGUUGCUAAUAUGUUAGAAAACCGUCUGAACGGUACUUUGCGACAGUAUGAGAUUAAUCCGGAUAUUCGUCGUUCAUGGGACAUCAUGCAGCAUGAUUUACAAUGCUGCGGUAUGAAUAGCCCUGCAGACUGGCCCCGUAUUGGUUUCCGUGAUAAUACCGUUCCUGAUUCCUGCUGCAAAGAGUUUCCUGCUCAGAGCCGAUGCGAUUUGAAUUCGAUUCACGUGUACGGUGACGGCUGCAUGUUGAAACUGAAAUAUGCUAUAGAAAAUAACGCUUUGAUCCUGGGAGGCGUGGGCAUAGGGGUAGCCCUCAUACAAUUGAUUGGAGUAGUCUUUGCGUGCUGUCUGGCUCGCUCAAUUCGCCGCGAGUAUGAGACUGUCGAAACCACAGCACACUGAUCUGCCAUCAAUUAGGAGGCAUUUUUCAUAAUAUUGUUCAUCAUACAUUGAUUAAUAAAUACUUGUAGAUUCAUUACGACCGUAAUCAUUCUUAUUGUGCUUACAAAUAUAUACUCAAAGAGGAAUGAUGUCACAAGUAUUUAAUGUACAGCGAUACCUUAAGUUAGCGAUGUUUUGGUAUAUAUGUAUGUAAUUAAAACAUGUAAAAUUACAUACUUUUAAAGAGAAUGCAAACUAGCAUCUCUCUUCAUUUCGCUUUUUCUUAUAAAAUGAAAAAAAAAAGAAACGGAAUAGCAAUAUGCAUUGAAUAUUAACAUAUCCUGUUAUAAAUUUAACUGCCAAUAUCUGCCAAAAAUAUAUGUCACAUGCAAUAUAAAAGCAAAAAGGAAAGAGAACAACUAGUCGAAAAUGUAUACGAUCCUGUUUACAGAGAUUAUCAACGGAACGUUGAUCAAUUUUGGCACACGCAUAUGACAGGUGCCUGUUAAAUUAUGUGCCAUGAUGUAACGUCUGCUCUAUUUUUUCAUGUGAUACGUUUAUACGAAGUUUGGUAAUCUUUUGCGAAUUAUAUAUACAAUCUGUAUCAUUGUAGGAAAUAGCAUUCAAUGUAGCCAUCAUUCCUCUUAGUUUUUUGCCAGAUUUAAACGAAAGACAAAAAAAGAAUUUCUGCAUAAUCUUCCUCGGAGUGCAGAAUGGACAAAUUGUGUAACGGUUAAUUGCAAAGCAAACCUGUGUUCUGAUAAUUUAAUAUUACCAUAAAAUAGUAUGUAUUAUAUUUGAGUACAUGCAGUCUUGGCAUCUGUUUUUAAUGCCUCCUCAUCUAUUUCUCUCUCGACAAAAAAAAA